GUAGAAUAACUAUAAACAAAUGUACAAAUAAGAUCUUGGAACUGCCUUUACCAACAAGAUUAAAAGAGUACUUGAAAGAGUAUCAAUACCAGCUCUGGGUGUGGUACUUUCAUGUGGCUGAGCGCACACUUACGAUGGAAGUCAAUACCUCCACUGAAUAAUGAGUCCAAAUGGUUGUUACAAAACCCCAACGGAUUUCAGGGGUGAAAUGAAAAUUCCAUUGCUGGUGAAGAAGUGUACAGCAGUGGCUGCCUCAGUGGGCUACGUCUCAAGACAAGACUGCUUCUAUGAAGAGCAACAGAUGGAUGCCAGAGACAAGCAGGUUCUGCGUUCCCUGCGGCUGGUGCUCUGCUCAGAGGUGCUGGUGGAAGGGCUCAUCAUUCACUACCUCUACCAGGAAGGCAUUCUAACAGAAAACCACCUUCAAGAAAUAAAGUCCCAAGCCACCAAUCACAGAAAAACCAUGAUGCUUCUAGAUAUCCUUCCUACCAGAGGACCCAAGGCCUUUCGGACGUUCUUAGAUUCCUUACAGGAGUUUCCAUGGGUGAGAGACCAGUUGGAGAGAAAGCGUAAGGAAACUAUGGCAGAGGAUCUUGUAGGUGACGGGUUAACUGGAAUUCCACCAGAUGUUUUGAAGAACCCACCAACAGAUCAGCAGAUUAACAAACUUGCCAGGAGUCUGGGGCCUGAGUGGGAGCAUAUUGUACUGUCCCUGGGUUUGUCACUGAAUGACAUCUACAGAUGUAAAGUCCAUCACCCUCACAAUGUGCAGUCACAGAUUGUGGCUGCAUUUGUCCUUUGGAGACAGCGUUUUGGAAUCAAAGCAACAAUCCAAAAUCUGCACACCAGUCUGAUGGCCGUAGAAGUGGAUCCUUCUGUGAUCCAGCAUAUGCUUGAGUGAAGUCUUGUUAUUGAUUGGUGGCUCUUGAGUUUUUUGCUAAAUGAAAUCAAUUGGAUUCAUUGAAUCACUUAUCAGUGUUCUGAUUUCUCUUAAUUAGAAAUCGAGGAAAUGGCAGACAAGCAGCUUGGUAAUUUUAUUACUCUGUUCUUCCUUGUAGCUUUCAGUUUUCUGUGGGAGGUUUUGAUGUCUCUUAUAAUUACAUGUAUGCCAGAUGAUUUUUUAACAGGCUUUAAGAAAUUAUCGUUCUUUUUGUUCACUUUUGGUAGGUAAACAGUUUGGGUCCAGAAUUUUUAGAUCAAUUUAUGGGCAGCCCCUCAAGAAGACUGACUCAUCUCUAGAGCCAAUGCGGAACAUCCUCCUCCCCCAGGUUCUGCCCAAAAUAUUUCAGCACUCUCACUUAAGUCAGAGGUCUUCAUAAAGUUUUUGGGGGUGAGAGGGUUUUUUUGUCCUGUACCCCCAAUUCUCAAAACCAUAAGGUAAAUUAGGGAGGAGAGGGCCAUCUGAACAGUCUGCUGGCUGCCCAGUUUGCCAUGGUUUUCUGGACUCCUGGUACCUGACAGUAUGGUUUGGCAGAAUCAGCUCAUUCAGGCCCAGAAACAAUCUGCUGGUAUUUUAUUUUUAGUCUUCUAUAAUACAGUCCCGACCUUCAGCCAUUCAUGAUCCUGUUACACCUCACUUAUAUCUUAAUUAAUUAUAUCCUAUUAUGGUGUAUGAAAGCAUAAUUCUAUCAACAAGUCUCAAAUAAACAAUGUAAAUCAA